ACCUAACCUUACCUAAAAGACACUGCAAGGAGUUAAGUGGGCAAACAAUAAGCGAGCAUAAUCCUACCACAUUUGGACACCAGCACUCUACUGUAACAGACAAGUGACAAGGCAUCUGAGUGAUUAGCUAACAGACUGAUUGACACUCUGACCAGCCGGGGUUUAAGAUAAAUGGCUGACAAGCAGAUCAGUUUGCCUGCCAAAUUAAUCAAUGGGGGGAUUGCCGGCAUUAUUGGUGUGACCUGUGUGUUUCCCAUUGACCUAGCCAAGACUCGCUUGCAAAACCAGCAAAAUGGAUCUCGCCUUUACACCAGCAUGUCAGAUUGCCUUAUUAAGACCAUCCGGUCAGACGGAUAUUUUGGGAUGUACCGAGGAGCAGCGGUGAAUUUAACACUAGUCACGCCAGAGAAAGCUAUCAAAUUAGCUGCCAAUGACUUCUUCAGACAUCACCUCUCCAAGGAUGGGAAACUCUCUCUGUUCAAAGAGAUGCUGGCUGGGUGUGGGGCAGGUACAUGCCAGGUUAUUGUCACAACUCCUAUGGAGAUGUUGAAAAUCCAGCUCCAAGAUGCUGGUCGUCUAGCUGCUCAGAGAAAGUUGAUGCCACAGACUGUGGCAGCAGGUACUGUGGAGACCAAAUCCCCUACAGCCAUGCAACUCACUCAACAGCUACUGAGGGAAAAGGGCAUUGCUGGAUUAUAUAAAGGCCUAGGCGCCACUUUGCUCAGGGAUGUUCCUUUUUCCAUAAUCUACUUUCCCCUUUUUGCCAACUUGAAUAACCUGGGUAAAAAAGAUUCAGACGGACCUGCUCCUUUCUAUGUGUCAUUCAUAUCAGGCUGCAUUGCGGGGAGCACAGCAGCUGUUGCUGUCAACCCCGUGGAUGUGAUAAAGACAAGACUUCAGUCUCUGACUCGUGGCACUUCAGAGGACACAUACAGCGGCGUUACUGACUGCAUCAGUAAAAUCUUGCGUAAAGAGGGUCCAUCUGCCUUCCUGAAAGGAGCCUACUGUCGAGCCUUAGUCAUCGCGCCUCUCUUCGGCAUCGCCCAGGUGGUGUACUUCCUGGGUGUUGGUGAACUUCUCCUCAGCUUCUUGCCUAAAAAACACAACUAAGAAGCAUCUCUUCUUUGCCUUUCCCUCCCAUUAUGUAUAACAUGAACUGUGUUAGACUUCAUCUCAUUUUGAAAAAGGUUUUAAACCAUAUUUAGGACAAAGCAUUACUGACCAGUACGGUUUUGCUUGAAUGUUUAUGUUGUAUGUGAGACUUUAUCGUAGUGUUGGAAGGAGCCUUUGUUUGCCAAGCUGCUUAAGGUGGUGCACAACAUUCCAGUAGGCAGGCCCAGCUACGUAGCGCUCUGGAAAUGAAGCCACAAAAAUAUCAGUUUAAAUGUAAAAGUAAUAUUGUUUUGUGAUUGCAACAUGUUGUAAGAUUUUUAAAACUGUUCACUUUAAAGUAGAUAUACUACCUUUAGUUUCAGAAAGCUCUAUAAUUCAGAAUUUUGCAGGUAGCGUUAGAUGCAAAAUUAUAGACAAAAAAGACUUGAGGGGUCAAUUUAGAUUUAGAAAAUCUAGCUAAAUUAAAUGCACAUACUGUACAUAUGGAGAUAUUUGAGUUCACCUGUAAUGGCUAUUGAAACUCUACAACCUUUGGACUUUUACAUAUUUUUAGGUUUUUAUGAUAAAUUUAAAAAUCUAUCAGGCUUCGUUAUUUACAGUUUAUUAAAAUUGUGGUCUUUAAUCUCAAGGUGAAAACAAAUUUCCCUACAUGAUCUAAAUUGCAUAGAAAUAUGAAACACAAAACAAGGAAAAAAAAAAUUCCUUUUCUGUUCCACUCUGCUAUGAUGCUGUGCUUAAAGAUGCUCGGUGCAGGGUCAAUCCAGUCACAGCCACUGAAACGUAUAACCCAUAACUCCCUCAGAGUUAUCAGGUAUGUCUUGGUGGCUUCCCUUAUUUGUCUCUUUCAUACACAUUCUGUUUUUGAAGACACAUAGAUAUAUUUAACAAAAGUACUAUACUGUUUCUAUUUCUUAAUGAGCCAUUUAACUAAACUCGUAAGUGUUCUUAUAUCAAACCCCUGAUCUAAGUCCAACAUUCACAACCACCUGUUCAUUUGUGUAUAAAUAACCUGAAGCAACUUAUUGAAGUUUUCAUAAGGUUAGAAUGACCCCUUCAUAUCUACAUAGAAGUGGACCCCCUCUUGGAGGCCGCCAUGUUAUGUUGAUUCAGUAGCCCAAAAGGAAGAUAGUUACUCAAUUUUCACAUUUUGCAGUGUGGCAGGAAGACUGAAGAAAAAGCAGAAUCAAUAUUUGCUCCCCUAUACACUGUCUAGUGUUUGCUAGUGCAAGCUAACAGGUUUAAAACCUUCAUUUUUGUCAAAUGGAGAAUCAUACAUAUUGCUUAUCAAA